AUGGCUCCGUAUGAAGCCUUGUAUGGACGAAAGUGCCAAUCUCCACUUUGUUGGUAUGAGUCUGGUGAAGCCAGUGUUUUGGGUCCUAAUUUAGUAGCAGAGACUACUGAGAAGAUUAAGAGGAUUCGGGAGAGAAUUUUAAUGGCACAGAGUCAACAGAAACGUUAUGCAGAUCAGAGAAGGAAAUCGUUGGAAUUUGAAGUGGGAGAACAUGUAUUCCUGAGGGUUACACUGACAACUGGGAUUGGAAGAGCAAUUAAAACAAAGAAGCUGAAUCCGAGAUUCAUUGGACCAUUUGAGAUUCUGAGGCGAUUUGGGCCGGUGGCAUAUCAAGUAUCUUUACCGCCUCACUUAUCUAACUUGCAUGACGUAUUUCACAUGUCACAACUCCGUAAAUACACAUCGGAUGCGGCUCAUGUGUUAGAACCCGAGUCGGUCGAGUUGAGGGAGAACUUGACUUUUCAAGUAUCUACGGUGCAAAUUGACGACACCAGUGUGAAGAAGUUACGUGGGAAAGAAGUUCAGUUGGUUAAAGUUUCUUGGAAGAGAGCAGAAGUGGAAGAGCAUACUUGGGAAUUGGAGUCCGAGAUGCGAAAGGAUUAUCUCGAGCUAUUCUCAGGUAAUCACUAA